AUGGCGACGUUGAUCAGACUGGACGCGUCAAAGGAUUCUGCGAGGAUCUCUACCAGCUCUGGGAUGGCGAAGUAUUUCGUUGAUGGCAUCUCGGUCAUCCUACUCACUACUGGCAUCUCGGUCAUUCUUGUCUCUGCUGGCAUUUCGGUCGAACUGGCAUCUGCUUGCAUCUACGUGUUGUCUAUUCUUGUCCACUUCCCUUGCUGUGCCCGCUUCGAUGUCGAUGUCGAUGUCGAUGUCAAAGUCGAGUCCAUCGCAGUUGCUUUGAGGUCGAGUUCGAGGCCUUGA